AUGGUGUGCACUCCAUGGAUUCUCACGUUUUUCCUUAUCGCUGCCGCUUCUCAAAGUCAGAAGACACCUGAGCUGGAGAAGAAGGUCGAGAAUCACAAAAUUCUUAUCGACGUUCUAAAUAAUUUCCGACGUCAGACAGCCAAUAAAUUGCAAAUUGCUUAUAUGCAUGAAUUGAUUUACGAUGAAUCACUCUACCAGCAAUUUGAUCUACGAUACAAAAAAGACAUUCCAUCGUUUGAGAUUGCAAACUACACAACAGUCUUCAAAAACUUGAAAUCUUAUACUAGAACCUAUUGGGAAAAAUCAGAAACUUGGGUAUAUCGAGGCUCUGCGAUUAGACACGGAGUGUCCGAAGACAUCAUUCAAUAUCUUUCUCCACUUCAGCAAAAAGUCAGAUGCAUCGAGAUGGAAAAUGGUUUGAAAUGCUUUUUGGGACCGAUAAAAGAGAGGGCGUGGUGGUAUUACUCGAAUGGAGAACCGGGAUCCAAAUGCGAUGAGGGAUUCUAUAACGAUUUUGGGCUGUGCUCAAGGAUUGUUCCGGUUUCUGAAUCCACGUCAACGAAGGCUGGAAUUCUUUUCAGAAGCACCACCACUACACGUUCGACUUCAGAUUCUGAUGAAGACAAAGAAGAAUGUGACUGCUCGGUUUCAACUCGGCUCCAGAUAUUCAUAAUUUUCGCUUUUUGUGUUUAUUUCUUGAUUUGA